AUGACUGAAACCAAGAAACAAAAGACUCUUUAUCAUCCAGCAAGACCUCAAAACAUUGGUAUCAAAGGUAUCGAGGUCUACAUUCCAUCUCAGUGUGUUAAUCAGGCCGACUUGGAGGCGUACGAUGGCGUCUCGCCUGGAAAGUACACCAUUGGCUUGGGACAGACAAACAUGGGGUUUGUGAACGACAGAGAGGACAUUGCUUCGAUGUGUCUGACCGUGUGUUCGAGGCUUUUGAAGAACUACGACAUCGAUCCACGCUCUAUUGGUAGACUGGAGGUCGGUACUGAAACUCUAAUCGACAAGUCGAAGUCUAUCAAGUCCGUGUUGAUGCAAUUGUUCGAGGGUAACAACGACUUGGAGGGUGUGGAUACUUUGAACGCGUGUUAUGGCGGCACUAAUGCGCUUUUCAGUUCUCUAAACUGGAUCGAGUCUAGCGCCUGGGAUGGUCGCGACGCUAUCGUUGUCUGCGGUGACAUUGCCAUCUACGACAAAGGUGCUGCCAGACCUACCGGUGGUGCGGGCACCGUGGCACUAUGGAUCGGUCCUGAUGCUCCACUCGUGUUCGACCCAGUCAGAGGCUCGUACAUGGAGAACGCGUACGACUUCUACAAGCCUGACUUCAACAGCGAGUAUCCAUACGUCGACGGCCACUUCUCCUUGGCAUGUUACGUUAAGGCACUCGACCAAGUGUACAAGAACUACUCGCGCAAAGCCAUCGCCAAGGGUCUAGCUCGGGAACCGGCCGGUCCAGAAGCGGUCAACGUGGCCAAGUUCUUCGACUACAACGUCUUCCACGUUCCAACCUGCAAGCUGGUCAACAAAUCAUACGGCAGAUUGCUAUACAACGAUUUCAGAGCCGACAACUCCCUGUAUCCACAAGUGGACUCGCAAUUGGCGAGCGUCGACUACGAAAAGUCUAUCGCUGACAAAAACAUCGAGAAAACGUUCAUGGGUGUCUCCAAAGAGUUGCAAAAGGAGCGGGUCGCCCCAUCCCUCAUUGUUCCCACCAACACCGGCAACAUGUACACGGGCUCCCUGUACGCGGCCCUUGCAUCUCUACUAUUCUUUGUCGGAUCUGACAACCUGCAGGGCAAGCGUAUCGGUCUGUUUUCCUACGGUUCCGGUUUGGCCGCCUCCCUCUUCUCCUGCAAAGUCGUCGGCGAUUUGACCAAGAUCACUGACGUCUUGGACUUGCAAAACAAACUAGAUUCCAGAAAGACUGAGUCGCCCGAGGACUACGAGAAGGCCAUCCAUCUAAGAGAAGAAGCUCAUUUGAAGAAAGACUUCCUGCCACAGGGAUCUAUCGAGUUGCUACAAUCUGGUACUUACUACUUAGAGAAGAUCGAUGACAGAUUCAGAAGAACCUACUCAAUCAAGAACUAG